AAUGUACAAUGGCAUAGUAAAGUAUUUUUCAUAUUAAGUGUUUAUCUUGAUGUGUAAAAAUGAUUCAGUUAUUUUUGAGGUUCUAUAGUGGAUUUUCAUGACAAGAGUAGCAAUAUUCCAAUAAUUUUUUUUGCAGUUAGGUAUUUCAUGUUAUAAAGCUUGGAAGUGCAGUUUCUCGGUGUCAAAAAGUAUCUUUAAACUGAUUACUUUUUAUGUUACAACCUCCAGGCGGAACAUAAGGUUAAGAUCUGCAGUCGUUAAGCCGUUUAAUAGCUGUUUAUUGUUGUAAUUUUAAACGUUGUGAUUAGUGGGCGAUACUUGCAGGAGUUACACCUUUUUGUUAGUAUUGGUGAGCGACUUAGAAGUAGAAUUGUAUUGUGUUUUGUUAGUGAGUUUUCUUGGCCAAUAAGUGUGAUAAGAUGUAGGUUAUAGCUGUUGACAAGGCCCUGCCACAAUGGGACUGUCGUCGGCCGUGCGGUGCUGCACUGCUAAGCUAGCCAACUGCUAUUUCAGGGCUUGCAGCUGGUCAGCAACAUACCAGCCAGAAUCAUGUGAUUGAUUACAUUUUGUGUCAUGUGACAAUCUAAUCUUUGCUCUAUGUAUGCAGGUGCAAUGAAAGACUUCUUUCAAAUCGGAACUAAAGCAUGCUGAAAUAAAAAUGUUUAGUAAGAAUUUAACAUUUAAUUCAAUAAACUUGUAUUAUCUGUAAAUGUGUCUUGGCUUCUGGGAAAUAACGUGACAAGAAACUAAUUUGAAAGUUUGGAGAGGUUAAGUCAGCUACAUUUAUAAUAUGUAAAUUACAAUUUUAUCAAAUAUUUUACUUAUUAUUUAUAUAUCUGACCUAACAUAACCAAACUUUCACUUAGUUAUUAUUUGACUUAUUUUUGUAGGCCAUAAGCUGCAAGAAUACACAUUUACAGUGUUUUAAUUUUAAUGUUUCUAUUUGCUGUAUUUUUUUUUGUAAAUAACGGUAAAUAUGUAGUUGAGCGAUAUUUGCGAAAAUAAAUGUUAAAAAUCCGAAAAUACCUUUAUUAGAUGCUCUUCAACUUCCUCUUUUCAUUAAAAGCGGCGGAGAUAAGAAAUUCCAAAUACUUUAGGAGAUAUCACCGUUCUUAUUUUGCUAUACAAUACCUGUGUAAUCAUUCGGCCGCCGGAAUAUUUUUUAUUGUCAUGUGUUUGUGAAUGCCUAAUUAAUGAAAAUGGUCGAUUAGGUUAGGUCAGUAACAUUAUAAAUACUUUGAAACUAAGCGUACAUUAAAAAUAAUAUGAAUUAAUUUCAAUGGUUCUUUAGUUUUAAAGUAUUUAUAGUGUAACUGACCUGACCUAACAAACCGGGACAAAGGAUGAACUGUAACAACUUACGUAAAUUUUUUUUGUUAAUUGUUACUUAUUACUUGCGCAACAAUAACAAAUAAGACUUUAAAAUUAAAAACGUUAAAAACUCACCUAAGUUGGAGGCGGUAUUAAACACCGUUUUAAACAAUAAAUGAACUAAAUAAUCACGUAUUGGUUCAUUUGAAUUCUGGCCUAUCACGAACAAUCACGUGACAUCAUUAUCCAAUAAAAAAAAUAGAUACUCGUAAACAAGAAACAAUGGUCAAGGCCACAUGAAUGCACUGGUAUUGUGAUGAAAUUUAAAAAUUCAAUUUCUCCUAAAGUAUUUUGAAUUUCUUAUCUCCGCCGCUUUUAAUGAAAAGAGGAAGUUGAAGAGCAUAUAAUAAAGGUAUUUUUGGAUUUUAAACAUUUUUUUUCACAAAUACCGCUGAACUACAUAUGAUGAAAUUAAAAAAUUUGAUAUCUCCUAAAGUAUUUGGAAUUUCUUACCUCCGCCGCUUUUAAUGAAAAGAGGAAGUUAAAGAGCAUAGAAUAAAAGUAUUUUCGGAUUUUUAACAUUUUUUUUCUCGCAAAUACCGCCCAACUACAUAUUUACCUAAAUAACUAAUUGCAAUAUGGAAUUUUUUUUCUGACAUUUGCAUUUAAAGUUGUAUUUUGAGUCAUGUAACAAACGAUUUGAAUGGCAGCGAAAAAUUUAAAAUCACAAGAAUGGUCGAUUACGUUAGGUUAGCUACAUUAUACUUCAAAACAUCAUGGACAGUUUGUUGGGUUAGUACAGCUACAUUAAAAAUUCCGUAAAAUAUUUUUAACGGUUGCUUAGGAAUUACCGAUUUAAGAUGUAGCUAAACAACCGUUCACAUGAUUUCAAAUUACUUUUUUAUGUUUUUUAUGUAGGCUAAUCAACAAUUUUCACAGAUUAACUCAGUUUCUCCUAAUUAUAUACACACACUGACCCACAUGGGAAACAAAAAAUGGCAGCAGUUGCUUCAAUGAAACCUAUUAAUGGUGAUUCUCAGAAACCAGUAGGAAUUUAGAAAUGCGGUUUUCAGGGUAUAUGUAGGAUUUUUCUAGUGUUCUAAAAAGGUACUUUCCAGAUUUUAUUUUUACUUUAUGUAAAAGUCCCUUUUUAAGAAUUUUUACCAAUAUUAAUUAACCUAGUUCAUGCUUAUUUACCUAUUAAGAAAACAAAUUAUUUUGAUUAGCGUUCUGUUUUACUAGAACGAAUUAGGGCGUUACUUUGAAUGACGGGUGUUACAGUUUUUGUCUAGAUAGUUGGGAUAAAAAGAAAUUGGUUUUUUUGAUAUUGCUUUAACCUUGUUUUUUGGUUAUUUGUGGACCCCUUGCCAGUCAUUAACCCAGAUAAUAGGGAGUCUACAGUAUUACCAAUGUUAUAGAACUUAAAAAUGAUCAUACUAACACAAAAUUUAUAUAAAAUAAGACACAUAAAAUUAAUUUUUUUUAUUAAACAGGCCAACAAUAGUUUUGUUGCUGUGGUAUUUGGAGCAGAUUUAUUAUGAAUUUGGUGCCCUGAAUUCAAAUAUGGCAUUAGUUUUUGCCGAGGAGGUCAAAUGUCUAAGAUAUAACGUUUUAGUGAAAUGUACUUUUUAUGUUAUUUUAGGUUAAAUCCAUGAAUCAAAUCUAAAAAUUAAACAUGAAAUUCUUAUUAUUAAAUUUCACAAAUAUACUAUGCAAAUAUCAUUAUAUUAAACAAAUAUUAUUAGUAUAUACUAAUAUUAUAUAUACAAAGAUAGUACCAAGUCAUCGAUGGAACCAACUAGUCACUUAACACUUCGGAAGCUUCUUUUUUGUGAACUAGGUAGGUACUUGAAUAUAUCUUGAAACAGUCCCUUUUUAAACUCUAGCAAUAAUCUGCCAUCAUGUGCGUAUCCCAUCUUCCUUUAUAGUGGUCCUCAAUUUUAAUAUCUUGAUGAAAUCUUUCACCUUGCUCCUCACUGCUGUUUCCUAAAUUUUCAUGAAAACGGUCCAGGUGGCUGUGUAAAUAGUGCACCUUAAUACUCAUGUUGCACCCAAGGGAUUUGAAAUUUUUAAGCACAUCGUUUACCAGUUCAACAUGUUUUUUUGCUUUUCGUUGGCCCAGAAAAUUUCCAACAACUGCAACAAAUGAAGUCAAUGAUUUUUGCUUAGCCUCAUUCAUAAAAUUUACGAAGGCUUGGUUCUUAAUUAAUUUUUUUUAUUUCUGGGCCAUUAAAUAUUCCUGCUUUAAUUUUUUCAUUACUCAAGUGAGGUAUUUUUCCCUCUAUAAAUGCAAACCAUGAUCCGUCCUUAUCAAGAGCCACUACAAACUGCUUCAUAAGGCCCAGCUUGAUAUGCAGUGAAGGAAACAUAAUUUUCUCUCGUUCAAGUAAGGGUUCGUUAAUGUUUUUUUCUCCAAUGACCAUGUCUUCUCUCAGGUCACUCUUGUCUAAUCCAGUGGAAUGUUUUUUCUCUGCUAUUCCAGAGGCACAAGAAACAAGGUCAUUUAACUCAUCCUGGUUGAAAUGUUGAGGAUUUGUUGACAUCCCCUCAUAAUCACUGUCACCUUCAUUAGUAUCAAAAGGGUCAUUAUAGGGACAACACUCGUCCUCAGAAAGUUCUGGAAGCUGGUGAAAUGCUGGGAUCGGUAUUUCCUUUGAGUGAGGGACCGGGUGUCAUGCAGAGAAUAAAUCACGCUAUACUUGAGAGCUCAGACACCACAGAAUGGAAAACUACCCAUUUUAUCGAAUGACAGCAGCACACUUACCAAAGAAGAAGUGAUGAAGUAGACUGACGGGUACUGCUAAAAACGUUUACAGACAAAACACAUGGAAAAAAUGGAUAUUGCAGAUCAGUAUGAAAACUUACAUUCAUUAUGCAAUGUCAGUGCAAAAGACUUGUACCCCAAGCGACCAAUGCAAUGUGAUGGAAACAAGCUGUGUGUGCCAUUUAAAACAGUCUGCGGAGAAGCUGUUGAAUAUCUCGGACCCACUACUGAUGGAAUUCUUGCACUUUCAAACUACAGGUUUUACUAUGAACCGAAAGAAAAUUUCUACAAUAUUCCACUUGGCUUAAUUGAUGUUAUUGAAGUGAAAGAUUUAUUUCUUCUACAGAUAGGUUGCAAAGAUGCAAGUUCUUUCAAAGUUACAUUUUCAUCUAAUGAACAGUGUUUGGAGUGGUUUCGACGACUAAUGAAAGCAACAUCACCACCAAAACACAUUGAAGAAUUUUUUGCAUUUUCAUAUUACGCUUGGGCAAACGAAGAUGGUAGUGAAGAACUCCGAGCCCGUUUAAACGCUGAUAAAGUGUCACAGUAUAAUGAGAUUGAAAGACUUCAGUUUGAUUUAACCAGUGGCUGGCGAAUAUCAUCAGUAAACAUGGACUACAAACUCUGUAAAUCAUAUCCUGAACACAUCUUAGUUCCUGCUUGCAUUAGUGAUGAACAUCUGGAAAGUGUUUCAACUUUCAGGAGUGCAGGCCGUAUUCCUGCAGUUGUUUGGAGGCACACUGGUAACGGAGCUGUGAUAGCCCGCUGCAGUCAGCCCGAGGUCGGUCUGCUGGGCUGGAGGAAUGCCAAUGAUGAGAAUCUGCUGAAAGCCAUCGCAGGUGCCUGUGUUGUGCCUGUUGGUGAUGACAAUGCCAAUAAACAAGAAUACCUCUCAAAUGGAAUGGUUUUUGAUGGUGAUUGUAAACCAGUUACAAAAAAAAAGAUGUUGAUAGUUGAUGCACGCUCCUACACAACUGCAGUGGGGAAUAGAGUGCGUGGUGGAGGAUGUGAGUGUGCAGAAUACUACUCUGGCUGUGAAAUACAAUUUAUGAACCUGGCUAACAUCCAUGCUAUUCGCAAGAGUUUCCUUGCCGUGCGUCAACUCUGCGCUAUGGCUGAGGACCAGCAGAAUUGGUUGAGCCAGCUGGAAGGCACACGUUGGCUACACCACAUGGCAGGACUGCUGCGCUCUGCAGUCACAGUCGCGUCAGCCGUCGAUAAUGAUGGCCGCCCUGUGCUGGUGCACUGCUCUGAUGGCUGGGAUCGCACAUCUCAGAUAGUGGCACUUGGGGAGCUGUUGCUUGACCCAUAUUACCGCACUGUUGAAGGUUUUCAAGUUUUAUGUGAAAGGGAGUGGUUAGACUUUGGCCACAAGUUUGCAGAUCGUUGUGGCCACACAGUGGACUCAGACGACCAGAACGAGCGCUGUCCGGUUUUCCUCCAGUGGCUGGAUUGUGUGCAUCAGCUAUUGCUACAGUUUCCCACCAGCUUUGAGUUCUCUGUCGCAUAUUUGGUGAAGCUAGUACAACAUGUGUACUCAAAUUUGUUUGGUACAUUCUUAUGUAACACCCGAAAGGAACGAACUACAUUGAAAGUUUAUGAUAGAACUUUCUCCGUGUGGAAAUUUCUACAAAACCCCAACUUCAGAAAUCAUCUAUAUUGCAUCAGGCCACAGGUUUUAUGGCCAUCUUGCAAUAUGCGGGACCUGGUUCUAUGGACUGAUGUGUACAUGGGUUUGAAAGAUUCUCCAUCAAGACCACUAAUGCCUUCCACAUUAUCAGUUCGUCGUAAAACCUCAAAGGAAGAUAAACCUUCUGUCACUUCUGAUCGUCAUGUGGCCAUCUGCAAAACUCGGUCUUGUGAUAAUCUUGUUCAUUUGUCUCAAGUGCCUGCUGUAAGUCAACAAAGGCGAUCCAGUGAUCCAAAUGUGGGGAGAGUGCUGGCAUUCCAGUCAAGAUCUUUGUCCAUAGAAGAGGCAUAUACUGGUGAAGUGAUAGAGGAGUCUCCACAGCACCCUGCCUCAGCUUUAGAUUUGUGUCUACCAAUGGCUGACUUGCCAGCAGUGCAUAAAAAAAGUAAAGAUGCUGUGGGGCAAGGACAUGCCAGUUGUAAAAACUCAUCUGUGGCUCAGCCAGAGACUUGUACAAAUGGUGGCUUCACUUUCCCAGAUGUCAGUGUCCUAUCUUUGUCUGUGGAUAGCUCCACUGACACCCUAGUUGCCAGCGAAUUGGCACGUUCCUUCACCGAUGUGGAACAUGACAAAAAGAAACCAAACGAUUCUAAAAUUUUGUUAGAGAAACCAUUGCCAUCUGAAAAUGGUAUGCAGGUGUCAGAGCACACCAUAUCUGAUUUUGAUGCAUCUGAUAUCACAUCGUGUAAUGACUUUCACAAAGCUUGUACUAACAAUAGACAUUUUUUGUUGGACAACGACGGUAGUGCCAGUAGCUCGACCAGUGGGAAAACAUCACGAUAUUCGACACCUCCUCUGUAUUCCUAUGUUCCCUGCCCCACUGAUGAAAAUAUUUCCAUAUCAAAUGUGCAAAUGGCAUGCAAUGCUAAUUUGGAUGAAAUUGAUGGAUUGACUCCACUUCACAAUGAUGUACAGAUGCGAGUGAGACAGAUUAUUGCAGAAUAUAAGUCAAAGGAAGAAGCAGUUCUGCGCGAGCUACGCACAACUAGGUCAGCUCUUCUUCAUCAAAUUUGUCGUCAUUGCAAUUGCCCGGCUGAUGACAAACAAGAUGACGGGGGUUCAGUUGCAGAGAGCAUGUGCAGUGUGGAAUUGCCGUCAGCUGAGUCAGUACCAUCAGAAGUUUCUUGGGAAGCAGUGGAAGAACGAGAUGCCUGUCCAACCCUGUGGGUUCCAGACCACGCUGUCAGCCGGUGCAUGGGCUGUGACACCGAGUUCUGGCUGGGGAGGCGCAAACAUCACUGCAGGAAUUGUGGCAAGAUAUUUUGUGCUGAUUGCUCAGAAAAUGAGGUACCACUUCCCCGUGAACAGUUAUAUCACCCUGUUCGUGUUUGUUGCAGUUGCUAUUCUGUGAUUCAUAGCUCAACAACUUUUCUCAAAUGCAUUACAUGUGACUCCAAAGAAAUGUGCUGUUCAAAUUUAGCUGGUGAUAAUUCUGCUAACUGUGAUCAAAUAUUACCUCUUACAAAUGUUCCCAAUGGUGAUACUCCUGUCUUGGAGGGAAAUUGCAAAUCAUCCAUUGCUGAGCUUAGUUCUUGUCCAGUAAAUACAAUUGAUGACAAGUGUCCUGUUCCAUUUUCAUAGUUCUAAACGCUGCUCAUUUUGUGUAGCAUUAUUGAAUACUUAUGUGUAGCUUUUGAAAUUGUCAAGCUACAUACCUAAGUGAUAUGGAUAUGACCUGUCUAUUCAGUCAGUUCCUAUAGUUGUUAUGUAACCCUAAUUACAAACUAAAUCUGAAUCCAUCGAAAAUGUAUAUUCCAUUAAAAUUUACUGUAUUUGAAUAAAUUUUGCAUCUUGAGUUACUAUUACAAAAAAAAUUGUAUUUUUGGCUAAUAUAACCAAUAAUUUUGUAAAAUAAUAGCUUUCCACAUAAAUAUUUUUUAUGUAUAUUUAGAAGUUAAAAUUUUAACACAAGUUUUUUUUUAAUUUAUUGGUAAGAUUCUAAAAAUACACUUUUUGGAACUGUGUUAUUUUAUAGUCAUUACAUUAUAUAUAGUAAAUGUGUGUUUAAAAAUAGAUUUCAGUUUGAGUGUUGCAAUGAUUUGGGUGAUUUUUUUAAAAUUGUGAAUAAGUAUGUUAAUUUCUUUUUAUGUGGUGUAAUGGCCUGUGUGAAUAUUCAAAUUUUUGACUAUCAAAACUAAUAGUUUAUUAUUCAUAUUCAAUUAGAUUAACAUUUGAAAAAAAAUGAAUAUUCAGUCAUUUACAAAUACGGCUGUGCGGGAUCUCGAAGUCUCAGAUAAUUUUGGGAUCACAAAAGAUUUUCUCAUCGGGCAGGACAAUAUUUUCAAAGGAUUUUCAUAAUGGUUUAGUGUUUUUUAUGUGAAAUUUUUUGCUUAAUCGCACCAUGUAAAUUUUGAGAAGACUAAUAUAGUAAAGCUGGUUUUAACACUAAUUCGGAACCUUUACUAACACCCACGUUAUCAGCUAAAGUAUUUAAUAGAGAAGACAGUCCGGCAGGUCAUUAAAAAUUAGAGAUGGGUCGAAUCCUAUUUUUGGCAGAAUCCGAAUACUUAGUCAAAUCCUUUAAGGAUUUUUCGAAUAUUGAAUCCAAAUCCAUGAAAAAGAAUUAUUAAAAAAAUUAUUUAAAAAAAAAUGUUCAUUCAAAUUGUUGUUUUCUAGUACAAAUAAACCUAAAACACUGACAUUAUUCCAUUAAAAAAGGCAUAAAACAAAUACAAAGAACUUACUUGAUGAAAUAUGGGCAUGCGAUGCUAGUUAAUAUGACCUAAAAAAAAAAAUUUAAAAAAAACCUACUUUAACACUACUCAUGAGUUAAUUUAAGUAAUAUGAACGUCAGGUACUUAAGAUAGUUACAUUCAAUGAGCACAGAAGCCUAAUUUAAAAACCAUAAUAAUGGAACAUGCCUGAUGUACACUUAGUAGGCCUACUACAGGUAAAAUAUGUAACGAUCAAUUCUGCUAUUUACGUUUUUUCCCCUCGUAACAUAACCCCAAAUCGCGACAAUUAACAGUCACCACCACUGAACAUAUCGCAAACACGGGAAAAAGUUUUGGUCCUGCCAUUUUUCUCAUUAAGAUAUACACUAUUUUUCUCCAAGAUGUCAAUAAAGUUAUUUUCCCAUAUCAAAUGUUUUAUGUAUUUUACAAGUUGAAAUUUAUUAUUAGUUUGAAUACUACCACUUACUGAUUUAAUGUGGAAAUUUUUUUAAAGAUAUUUUCAAACGUGUUGAAUUAUGUCGUUGCAUCUUAGCAUCAUUCACGUUUGGUUACGUUGAUUCCCGUAUAGAGUGCGCGCACGUAGUGGGCUAUCGAUAAAUCGCCGAUGAUAGAAUGCCCCGCGCGCGCUUUAUCAAGUACUGAGUAAACUACCUAUUUUUUCGUUAAUAUGUACUACGAAGAUAAUUAUGCGUUAAUUCCGCCUUUCGUCCGAGUUCCGUUUUUCUGUUUUAAUUUGAACGAAAUGUGUUUUUGAUGCACGAUUUAGUUAUAAAAUGUGCGACUAUCAUCCCUUAAAACACAUAUUUAACAUUUUUUCCGCAUUGCUGGCGCCGGCCCUGACCUUGACACAGUUGUCUCGCAGCGCCGCGUCAUUUCAAAACAUUCUUCGAGCGGCAAAGAUGUAGGUUUGCGGUUAUACUGCGAUCCCCACUUUCAGUUUUGGAUAUUUUGAUAAAAAUAAUCGCAUUAUAUUCAGGUAAAUAUGGUUAUAUCUACGGACAUAUUUCUCUUGUUCUUGGCUGAAUGUUUACUAAUGUGUGUGGUUUUCACCAAUAGGUUACUUGAAUCCUCGCAGAUUCGACGAAUCCUGGAUUCGACCGGCCCAUCCCUAUUAAAAAUAGAUUAAAACUGACAGCAUACUAAGAAGGAUAAAUGUAAAAAUCAAAAAACUGUGUGGUUGUUAAAUUUGACAGUUUUCAGAUCAGAGGGUAGAAACACGGCAUGCGAGCUCUGUGAUUAGUUUCGUUCAGUGUGUGGUGGCGAAGAGAAAAAACUUGCAUAGAUCUCUUGGAAAGCAUAUGUUUGCAUCCUCACAGCAAACACUCCUAAAGUCUAACAACCUGUGACAACAUUUUUCUGGUGGAUAAUACACAGUGAACGAUGGCCGGAUAUAGGCCCACACAUACACUCCUGGUGGAGUGACAGCUGAGGCAAUUAUCUUCUCCCCUGUGACUUAAAAAAAAGGUCACACUAAGAUAGGAAAAAAAACUUCGACUCUUACCAAGCACACAUUACUAGACAGAAAAAAAAGAGCAACUUUCUAAGCAGCUAUUGUGUUCCUACACUUAAGUUAAAACAAGCCAAAAAUAUAUAUAUAAUCCAUAAAUAAUGAUUUAUUUUCACAUAGUAAAAAAUUCAAAAAAACAAGUUGUAAAAAUUUUAUAGACCUACAUCAUAUUUAAGUAUAAAUUAAAAUUGUUGAAUGUACAUUCAUUUUAAACCCACCCGCUUGAAGUAUCUUCACAUAUACUGCAAUUGCCUUACAUAUUCGCUUUGCACUGUUUAUUAUUAUUUUUUAGUUCCUAUUUUGAUUACCAUGAAUAUUUCAACAAAAUUUUACCUCUAGUAAUUUUAGCUGAUUUAACCUAACCAACCUUUUACAUAAGUAUUAUUUAUCUAAUUUCCCUGAAGCCACUACAUUACACAUUUACUUUUUCUUUCAUAAUGUAUUUUUUUUAUGUGGAAAAAAUAUUUUAGUGGGAUUCUAAUUUUUACUAUUCGAAUUUGAUAUUUGUAUUUGAGAAUAAUUUGAUAUUCAUAUUCAUAUUUGAUUCGAACUAAAAAACUGAUAUUCGCACAGGCCUAGUAAUGGGGAACAUAUGUGUGUGUAGGUGAGAUAAAAUUAAUUUUUUUUACUGCAGAGCAUAAAAUGCUGCAUGCAAACAAAAAUUUGUGUGUACAAAUAAUUACAAAUCUUGAGGUUUUCAAAUGGACUGUGAAGUCAUUGUAUUUUACUAGACUUGCUAAAAAAUUUUUCUGCAUCAAGAUUGUAUUGAAUACUAUACUUGACCUAUAUUUGUUUCAAUAUGUAAGACCAGGAACAAUUUGCGAAGAAGGUUUGCUUGUUUUAGUAUUAAAGAGUGUCGUUUCUUAAAUAAUUGCCACUGGCAAAAAAUAAAACUGUUGAUUAUAACCUUAAAAGGCCAAAUUUAUUUUUUGUAGUUAAAAAUACUUUAGUUAAUAAUCCUUUUGAAUUUUGGAUGGAAAAUGUUUGAGAAAUGUUUAAACAUUAGGUAUUAGGAAAGAGCUCAUGUUUUGAAGUGAUCGUCUUGGAAUUUUUCAUGAAAUUUUUUAGCGUUACUAUGGCUCAAAAAUGUUUUGGUGAGUGCACAUAAUGUGUGUGUGUGUGUGUGUGUGUGUGUGUGUGUGUGUGUGUGUGUGUGUGUGUGUGUGUAUAUAUAUAUAUAUGGAGUUAUGAAACAGUUAAUCAAUAAAACCAGCUUUAAGCUAUCAGCUUGGCAGUACCUUCUUAAGCACACUAAAGUAAAUAGCAAGUGCAAGUAAAUCUUUCACAAAAAUAGAUAGUAAAAACUUUAUUUCUUAUAUUUAUUACAUAAGUCGACUUUUUAUUUGAAAACUGGUACCUACCCUUUUUAAUUGCAAACUUUUUGUGUUCUUUAAAAAUGUGUUGCAAUAGGAAAAAGUAACUUGGUGAUAAAUUAUUGACAUACGCCAUUGGAAAGCAUUUGCACAAUUUUUAAUUUUUUUUUUUUACAUUAGCUAAGUUGGGCUUGUUUUCAAUUUUUGUACUUGUUUACAUACUUUGUCUUUGGUUUUCUCUCACAAACAAUUGCUGUGCAGUGGUUUAUGUCCACAAUUUCUUCUUUAUUUUAAAAAUUAUUUAAAUGUAGAAUUAGUAUCUCAAUUUACUCAUAAACCUAGGUCUGUUUGGCUACUUGUUGUGUCUUACUGCUUAUUUUCACUUUUUAAAUUUAUAUGUUCCUAAAUAAAAAAAGAACAAGAUGUCUAGUUUUGUCAGAAUUAUUUUUGCAGCAGUAAUAACUGGAAUGUGGCAAUAAAUCACCACAUUUUUUUGCUAACUGACUUAUGAUUUUUUCACUUUGAACUAUUUGGCAAUAUCUUAUUGUACCUACUCAUAUGUUUUAAAGGUGAUAUUGAAUUUUUUUUUUGUUAUAAAACUAGUUUUUUUAUUUCUUUCUUUCUUGUUAGAUCUAACUAUGAGACUGGUAGAAAGGAGACCGCACUUGCUCUAGGUGAGCUCAGAGCUCUUAUGUUUUGAAAUGUUAUGUUUUAUUUGUAUUUUAUUUUGUAAUACUAAAUACAGUAAUCUCUCAAUUAUCUGGGCCCCAUGUUAUCCAGCCCGUAUUAUCCUGUUGUUGAGUUAUCGGUGCUUAACUUAUGUUUAUUAGUUUUGUUGUAUUCUGAAGCUGUAAAAAAAAAAUAAACUGUGGCAUCCAGCGCACUUCUUGCACUUCUUUGCUAUGUCUUUCUAUAUUUUUAACCAUCUCGUUACCAUGUUAAAAGGCUGUUUAGUUCAACACUUCUUAUCAUUCACCCUCUCAUUUGUCACACUUGUCACACUUUAAACCCGAAGGGGAUGCGCUAAUUGUUGCUUCAUGUCUCCGGUCUCCGUCUUGUUUGUUUCAACCGCUGAUAUCAGUCCACCCAUCUGCCUGUCAGGUGUCCAGCGAGUGAUGUGAUUAGCGAGCAUUCUGCUGGAGGAAGGGACACCGUUAAAAUCAAAAAACAAACUAUCCGGAAUUUUUGUUUACACUGCUUGCUGUGAUCUUGAGCACUGUUUAUUCAACUUUCCCUCUUCUGCUGUUGUAAAUGACCGUGAGCUAGCAACCUAAGUGAAGGCAAUCUUUACGUGUCUAUUAUGACAGAUUUUCAUGACGCCAACAAUAUCGUUUUCUCAUGCAAUUUAUUUCCCAGGCUUGUAACUGCAAUUGGUGUAUUGAAGUGCUAUUUAUAUAUUCCACCAGCCUGGCACGAGUUUCUCUGCAUGCUGGUUUUAUGAAAGGACAAAGAACUGAGAAGAAAGAACUACAUGCUAUCGAGAGGUAGAAGAAUCAAAUACCAGAAAAGGGGGAUGGAAGACUGACAAAGACUGCUUGGCGACACAAUGCCACUGUUUACGUUUCAAUAAGCUGAGGCACAGUACACAAAAGACUUCAUUUGUGCUCGGAAUUCUACUGAAGACAAAUAUAUGGUUUGACCCAAAUUAGAGAGGGCUCUUAGUGUGAAACUGAUUAUCCUGUAUUUUUUACAAGAUUUUAAUUAUCCGAGCAUCAGUGCGUCCCAAUUAACACGGAUAAUCGAGAGUUUACUGUAUUUUCAAAUGUAAAAAUUUGAAUUUAACUUGUGGUUUGAAACUAAAAAUGCUUGUUAAAUCAAAUAAUGUCAUAAAAAAAAUUGUACGAAUGGUCCACAUUUAAAACUAGUGAUGCACCGAUAUGACUUUACUGAUUACCGAUUCGAUUACCGAUUAUGAGAGCAAUAAUCGGCAGAUACCGAUUCAGUUACCGAUUAUAAUGAAGAAAUUUUUUAAAUGUAAUAAUGCACACAAAAAUUUUUAUUCCCAUGUGAAUUUAAUAACAAGAUUAGGUAAAAUCGAGAAUACAGUUAUAAUUACAGUAUAAAAAUAUAUAAAAUACACUAUUAAGUCAUUGCAAAGUGUAAAUUAAAUUAACUUCUAUUUAUAUUUGUUAUUGUAAACAACUGGAACUACAGUCUAAUAAUUGUAAUUUACAAUGGGUAAGUUUUUGUUGCGGAAAACUAGCAUUAUUACUAUCACAUAAGGUUGCAUCAAGAAAUUACCGUCUAACAUGUAAACAUGCUGCUUUAUUUUGUUCACUUGAGUUUAUAGAAAAAUGUUUCCACACUUCACUUUUUUUCUCCCUACUCGCCAUCUCACUAUAAAUAUAUAAAAAUGACUAAAAACCAAUUCUAGCACAUGUGAUUUUAUUUAUGUUGACUGAAUAUAUAAAAUUAUAAAUACUUUUUCACUUUUCACGUCAUACAAAUAACAAACGGAUAAUGUUACCAAAGACGCCCAUAACGAGUUUGUAAAACGCAGUGAUAAAAACUAGAAGGUAUCGGGACCACGAUUUUAAACCGCUACUACGACUCGAAAAGAUCGAUUGUCAUAGAAUCCACUGCAACUGUUUGUGGUAUUUUGAUUGCGUGCCAUCUAUUUUACGUCUCUGGCUAUAGGUAAUGUACAAGGCCACUAAACAAAAGACGAAACGUAAAUAAACGUGUAGGAAAAAUGUCUUUUUUAUUGUUCGAGGCAAUGAGAUUUAUAAACUUAACGAAAUAUCUUUAUUUAUGAUAUGACGGAGUUAGAUGAAUUUUUUAAUAUAUACAAAUAUUACCGUAUUUCAUCCUAAAAUGUGUAACAAAAUAUUACACGGUAAAAACCUACUUAAUUACGCCGGGACGUAAAUAAUCGGCAAAGUAAUCGUUAAGAUAAUCAGCGAUUACGAUUAAUCGGUAAGUACCCAUAAUCGCCGAUUACGAUUCAUCGGUAUCCGCAUCGGUGCACCACUAUUUAAAACACCUUCAUGUUUAAUCAUUUUAGCAUAUUUUUAUUUAAUAAUGCAUAUAAUUAAUAUUUUUAUUGAGUGCUAAUUUGUACCUACUGAUUGAUUAAAUUGUAGAGCAAGCUAUCUUUGUUCUGGAAAACUGUGCUGUAUUGCAUGGUGCUAAAGUGAGUUCAUUAAAUUGAACUCUUUUAAAAGCCCAGGUUUAACUCUACUUUCAGCAGAUUUUUUAGUCCUUCCACUACAUGCAAACACAAAUAUUGCUAUGUGACAAUGUUUUUCGACUUGUGUUUAAUUUUCAACAUGGUUGGUUAAAAAUGUAAAUUUGUACCAAAAAAAUCUAUAGAUUUAUUUUUAGUUUUUCUGUCAAAUGAGAUGAUCUCAGAAAGGUGUAUUGGUUUUAUAACUAUAAAUGCCUACUCUGGGUAUUUGAGUUAAGAUUGUGGAUCACAGUCAAAAGCAUUAGAUUACCAAGAUUUUAUUAAGUAUAAUGUAAUUUAAUCAGCAGAACUAAAGGAAUGGCUUUUAAGCUAUCAUUUUUAUUCAUUUGAAAAUUCUUUUGCCAAACUUUGAAACUAAAUUGUAGUUAAUUUUACAAAGAGAGUGUUUAUUUAUAUUAACAUCCCCACCUUGUUGUGAGGCUUGUUACGGGACAGCUUGCAACUAAUAACUAACUGACUCUUUCUAAAAGUACCAGUCAGCUACUCAAUGUAGGAUUCAAACCUCACAACCUCGGUAUUUUUAUCGUGGCACCAGUUGAAUAAAAGUUGUAAGAUGUUAGUUCCUUAGUGCAGAUAAUGCCAAUAUAAGAUGAAGAUGUGUAAUAGACCUAGGGUCGAGAAUCAUUAUGUUCAAAAAAGUUAACAGUAUUGGUUUUAGCCAGUCAGUGUGAAGCAUGUGCUCAUUUUUCUUCUGUGAGGCUGAGCAAGUUGAGUGCAUAUGCUGAAUUGGUUUUGUAUUCAUACUUGUUGUUGAGACAGGAGCAUUAUAGAUGGAAACAAUUAUAAACUGCUCAACUGGCUCAGCCAUGCUUCCAGAAAUUGUCUCCAAACUCAUCUCUGAUUGGCGAUUACUUACAAAAUGAGCUCAAAGUUUAGGAAUGGUGCCUUUUAAACCAUAGGUCACAGUUUUAAUUUUUUUCUGCAGUCUCGUCAGCACCAUCCCAAAGUUUUACUCCAUAUGUUACAUAUCACUAACAUUUUUAAAUAAUCUAAAAUUAUCAGGUGCUUGAUAAAAAGUUUGCCAAAAUGUCUAUAAGCUUCCUGUAGUAUAAAAAUGGACUUAAUGUGGAUAUUGAUAAAUUUUAAGUUACUUUAGUGAAGCUCAGAACUAUCCUUUAAACAAUUAAAUAGAUAAUUGAUAAAUUGAUUUAAAAAAUUAAUUUUUUGUAUAUUAAGUAAACCCAAAAUUUUCAUGAUAUGUGUUCUUAAUAAAUAGAUUGUGCUAUAUAAUGAAAUUAAGAAAAUCUAACCUUAUAAGUCAAAAAUUUAACAGGAACAAACAUUUACAAAUGUUUUAUAAAUAUUGCUAAUAUUAAUAAAUAAAAAUUUUUGUUUAUGCUUACAUGUGGUUUUGACUGUAUCUCACAACAUGAUAAAUUUCAUUAUAAUUAUUUCAUGCUUUAGGUGCCUAUUAAAGUUACAUUUGAGAAAAAUAUGCUGAGUAAUAAGUUUAACACACUACUCAUUUUAGUGUUUGUAUGUUCAAAUGAACUGCAGAACACGAAUUGCCAUUACGUGUUUUUCGCAAUAAAUUUUAAUUAUAUACUAGAAUCUUAUAUAUAUAUACAUAUACAUAUACACACUCACACACACACAAACACUGGGUGGAUUGAAAUCCUGAAAUUGAAGUUGCAAACCUGAGUGGCUUGACAAAGUGUAAGUGAAAAAUGAUCCUCAGUACAUUUCAAAAUUUUGCUUUAAAUUUUAUUAAAUGGACCCAUAAAUAGUUUUACAAUGGCACAAUUUAAAUUUCCUUUUAAUCGUUGCGGGGAGGAAAAAAAACAAUGGAAAACAUUAACCUUGAACCACAUAUUUGUGAGAAAUUCAUGCAGAAGGUUAUGUCAACUAAUGAUAAUUUUUUUGACAACUGAAGCAUAACAUUAUUUUUUGGAAAUUAAUGUAUUAUUAUUUUAUUAUGGUUCCUGUGAAGAGCUUUUGGUACACCUAAGCUUAUAUGUUCAGAUUUAAUGCACAAGUAAAGUAAUGUAUCUAACAUUUGUGUGCUAAUUGCCAUUAGGAAAAUAUGAACAAGCCUUGCACACACAAUUUGGGUGUAUCAUAUGGGGUGUUGUUGCAGCCAUCUAUUUUAACAGUACAGUUAUUACAUUCCUUUAACAGGUUGUGGCAUCAAUUAUUUAGACUAUAAAAAGAAAGCAGAGCUCUUCUACUUCUUGAAUACUCAUUAUGCAUAAGUAAAUUAAAGAGGAUUGAGUCAAUUUUAUUAGAGUGUAUUUUUUUCACUUAAAAAAUUUACAAACUAAAUAUACAUGUUUAAUAUUUUAAUUUUUUUUUUAUUUUUUGUUCUAUAUAGUAAUCAUAUUUUUUUUCCUUUUUUAGGCAAUCUAGGAUAUAUUUUAUUACCAUCACAUUUAAUUAAUUUGUGUUUAUUACUUAAUUGUUAGUUUAAUAUGUUAUUGUUUGAAGUUGCCGUAGAUAGAUGUCAUAUGAGAUGUUCAUAUCAUAGAAAGUAUAUCAAAGAAAGGUUUAUAUAGAAUUGUUAGUAUAAACCUAACUUAAAAUAACUUCUUUGUUAAAUGUGUUUGAAGUAUCAAAAAAAAAACAUUAAGGCAAUAAAAUAUUUUUGGACUUAAAUUUAAUUGGAACAUUCAGUACUUUACUUUAGCAUGCGGUGCUAUCUUCUCUUGCAAUUUCAUUAUAAUAAACAAUGUAGAUAAUUCAAUAUUAAAAUAGUUAACGAUAUUGGAUUUUACAUCAUCAUUUGCUGUAAUUAUGUUUUCAUUUUUGUUUAGAAUUAAUUUUAGUCGUUUUAACACACCAUUGCCAUAAUUUUGUGUACAAUAACCUUUAUAACACACCCAAAAGUUUAAUUUCUUUUUGAAUGCUAGACUAGGAAUUUUGUAGAAUUCGCUGCAGUAACAAUUGUUUCUUAAGAUAAGCUUUAAAUAUCCUUUUCCACUUAAAUAUUGCCUGUACCAUACACCAUUAAAAAAUAACAAAUGUACAAAAUACCCAUACAUUAUUUACUGUCCGCCUAGCUGAAAAUAAUGGUGAAAAAGAAUUGUAAACCAGUGAAAUGCAAGUGAGGAAUAACCCCUGAUAAAGUACCAUAGUAAUUGUAAAUGUCCUGAUGCAUAAUGGACAAGUUAAUUAUGGCAACACUACUGCUUGACAUACCAAAUAUAAGCCCAAUAUUAGUGUACAUUAACUCUGAAUAUUCUUGUACUGGGCUUUUAUAUAGUAGUAAGUAGUAACAGAGUUUAGGGCAAUGAUGAACUUGGGUAUGUGAAACAGCAUUAACAUUAGUAUGUCUGUAAAAACAAUUUCAUUUAAAUGUUAAAUUAACAUCAUAAGUUAAAGUUUUUUUUUACUGCAAUGCAACUGCACAAAUAUUUUUUAUUUUAUUCUUACGAAUAUUGGGUAAGGAAAAUUCUAAUCGCUUCCUUACUUUAAAAAUUAGUGUUAAUGAAAAGUAAUUUUUUUUUAAAUCUUAAUACUGUAGCCAGAUAUAUAGGUUGCUACAUUUAGUACUAAGAUAGUGAUUCAAAAACCAUCAUGAGACAUUAACCUUAAAUAUCAUGAAAAUUCCUGGACUCUGGUUUUGCCAAAACAGUGGCCACCCUGAUAAUACAUGUGUAAUCACCUAGCCACUUUUAACAGAAAAAGAUACAGCCAAGUUGUUAUAAAUAGACUAAACCUGACAGCACUAUUACUAAGGAUUAAUAAAUUGUGUGUGUAAAACAGGACACAAUUGAGUUCCUGUCUGGUGAUUAGUUUAUCAAAGUGGUGAAGUUAAAACACUCAUUGAAAAGCUUAUGUAAGCUAACUAAUGCUAAGAGAUUAACUAUCGGAAAGGACAUAUCUAAUACAAAUCAUCAGUUAGUCGUGUUGAAAAUAACAAAUUACAGUUUACAAAAUUUCCAAAUUAAUUUACUAAUUAUUAUUGCAACCAUAUUUAAUGGUCUGGAAAAUUUUCCAUAUAGACUGAAAAACCUGGACAAAUCAGGGAAUAUCAUAUUCAAAAAUGUGUAGCAACCCUGAAUAUAAAUUAGAAAAAUUACUUAUAUGAAUCCAAACAUGCCUUCCUGUUAGGUAGUUUUUUCUUUUAUGGUUUACCUUUCUAAAUUAAUUAUUACUAACUUAUGCCAACUGUUUAACAUAACCUUACCACCCCUUUUCAAGAUAAAAGGAUUGCCUGGAAAUUACAAUGCAAUUUACAAAAUACAAUUUUUCAAAUACUGUACUGGUGAUAUAUUGUAAACAUUUGCAGUGUUGCAUUCCUCCCUAGACUUCUCCAUUUAAUUGCAAUCACAAAAUGCAAAAUCAUUUCUACAAAGAAACAUAAUUUUAAAAUUAAAUAUUUUAAGCACAUCUGUACAAACUGGGUAUCAAGACCUCUAAAAACAGAAUUCACACACACAGCAGUAAUAAAGAAUAUGCACAAAUAACAUUACUACAGUUUACGUUCUCUGAAUGAUUCUUACAGUGGGGAAGCUUGAUAUAAAAUAUAUUCAUGGAUUUACGCCAUUGGUGGUUUUAACUGUAUGUGAUAGAGAAACCACAAGAAUGAUUCUUGUGGUUUCUCUAUGACUGUAAUUAAAACCAGCAAUGGUGUAUGGCCAUGAAAAUCUUUUAAAUACGUAUGUCAUAGAUAUACCACAGGAAUCACAUUCUUGUGGUUUCUCUAUGAUAUACAUUUUUAAAACUAGCAAUGUCAUAUGUCAAUGGAAUUUUUUAAAAUCAUUACUACAGUAUGUAAUGAAUGUGAAAUACACUAAAGAAAAAUUAUUGUAAAAGUAACCCUUUUAUUACAACAUAUCUCUGAAGAUUUUAAAUACCAUCAUACAAUUUCUUCCUAAGAACAGUUGAGUUGAAAUAAGCCUUAUUACUUUUUCAAAAAAAAAAUUAUUAGUUCAUUUAAAUACUCAGUCUUUUUAAUAUAUGUAAUCUGACAUAACUGCCAAUGGCUGUUGUUUAUUACUUCCAUACAAAAAACUUACAAACUCCCUUGUUCAUAGUCUGUAAUUCACCUAUUAAUUUGCAGUUGCAAACAUUACAAUGCAAAAUUGAUGGUGAGAGUGGCAAAGGGAAAGUGACUUGUGCCUUUGCAGAGGUAAAAGAUCCCUUUGCCUUCCAUUUGCUUCGAACUACGUACCUACAAUCCUGGCAAAAAAAUGCAUGUUUAUUUUAUAAGUCAUAAGAAUAACUAAAGUUACCUUGUAAACAUGCUGAAAACAUCCAACCUGACAUUGAGAACUGGAAAUACAAACGAUAAGCUUUUCAUCCUCAAAAUUACUGUAAAUAUUGUCAGUUUUUUUGUAACCAUAGAAGUAAAUACUUGAAACAUUUCACAAAUUUCAAAAGAUUUAUAUUGGCUAAAAACAUAACACACUUAGCACAUAAUUUUUUUAUGUUACAUAAAUUGACUGAAAAGACUGCAAAAAAUAUUUUGGACUGUUGAAAUUGAAAUAACCUUUGAUAGAGGACUGCAGAUUGCCCAGUGCUGUUAUGUUUACGUGCCAAUUAGCGAAGAUACAGAACAUGAAGACUUCACCACUUGUAUUAAUAUAAUUCUACUGAAGGCAUCUAUACGAUGCGACCCAUUGUUGGAGGGCAAUCUUGUCUGUAAAAAUGUUAGAUUUUUAUGCCAAAAAUUAUAGAUGCUACCCAUAUGCCAGGGGAGGGGGGAUGUGUAUACAUUCAGUGGUCUCUCUGUAAUCCAGAAGAUAUUGGACCAGAGCACUGCCUGAUUAAGUACUGUAAUAUUUCCUUUCCUAUCUUAGCGCUUGUCACAUUUUCUGAAGUUUUUUUAACAUCUCUAUCAUUAGAUUUGACCCUCUCUUUCUAACUUUCAAUACUACUAAUUUCAGUGGGAUUAUUUUCGGCAUUAUAUUUUUUAUGUAAGGGGGUUGAGCAUGCAUCUGGUUAAUCACUGUCUAUAAUGUAUCCGAAAAAUGUUAUAAUAAUAUAUCAAAGUAACCAAAAUAAAUACAAGUUUCAUUCUCUUUGCUAAAUUUUGAUUAAAAAAAUCACUGGGUGAGCACUGCGUUGUGCACUGUUUUGCAAACACACAUAAAAAGUCUUGGGAAUCUUCAAUGUUUUUUUUAAUUUUGUUGGUGGAAGAAAAUUAAUCUUUGAUUUGGUUUUGAUUUCCAAAUCUUUGCACAUCCUAUGUUCCAUACAUUUCAAAAAAACUAUCCAAAUCUUACAAGAGUUAUGUUUUUGAUAUACUUUCUGAACAAAAUGUAAUAUUCCUUUAAUUUUAGCAUGGUUUUAGAUUAGUCAGUAAACUUAGAACUAGUUUUAAGCAUUUACAUAUUUACUUGGGAUAACAUUUUAUUAGAAAUAUUAGCAAAGUACAUAGUUCAAUAGCAUAAAAUAUGUAAGAAAAACAUUGCUUUCAUAAAGAAAUUUCAAACAAAAUAUUUUUUGUCUCUCCUAACUAACUUCCUGUGUAGUGGUGAUUAAUGUCUGAUGGUGUGGCACACUUCCUUACUAACCAUCUGUUAUUAUUGUAAGAUUCAAUUGAACAAAAUACAUUUUCUAUCUUGGCUAUAUAAACAUGAGGCCUUCUUUUAAAUACAUUUGCCCAAUUAAUGAUGAAGUGGAGCUACCCCUGUAUUAGAGAAACUUUUUUACUUUGACGAAAUCCUGCCAUGGUCAAAAACUGAAAUUUCUUUAAUGAGGUGAUUGAGUAUAGCUCAUUUACAAAUAUUCUUUUUUGCAUUUUAUUUUAUUGUAUAUUCUGACUUAUGAAAACAAAAAUUUAUCUCACUGUUUAUUUUAUUUUACAAGGCAGUUGUAAAUCUGGGGACCUUCCCUUAUAAAUAAAAGUAAGAAGUGUGUUGUUUUUAAUAUUUUAUAUUAAACAAUGUACAUUUGAGUUUUCAUUACAGUAAUGUUUCAUGAGUAAUUUAUAAACAAAAACCAAUCUAUUAUUAAUUUCAUUUACUUGAUGAACACUCAAGUGUGUAAGUUUCUAUUUACAAACAAAACAUACACAAAAUGGCAGCUGAGUAAUUUUUGUUUGAAUUUGGUAAAGUAAGCGUGAUGUCUUCUUUCAUGAAUUUCACUAAGUAUUAUCUUAUAGUGAAUUUUUUUUAAUGCUCAUUAUGUAUCUAUUUUGUCUGUAAGUAUAAAUUUGUAAGAAUUUGAACCAGAACCAAGAGUUCUUACAUUCAAACCAAGUAAAAGUUUAAUUCUUGGUUGUUAUAAUAUUCCUCAUCUGCUGCAUGUAGUGUUAAUUUUUUUAAUGUUAUAUUAAGUAAUAUCUAAAUGUUCUGCUAGCAUAAUUAUAUUUGUGAAAAAUUACAAGUAUUUAUACACAUGACAUUAUAGUUUAGUAACUACUGUACCUAUUUUGACAAUUAAGCUCCCGUACUCGUUCCUGCACAGCUGCCAGGUAAAAAUGUUAUAUUGAACAGAAACAUUUUUUGUGGUUUUAUUUUGUGAAGUAUAUAUUAAAAAUAUGUUUUUUAAAUUUUUGUAUGUACAUACAUUGUUCUUAGUACAACUUGUGAAUGUAAACUGUGAAUAUUAAUGGUUAUAAUUCAUUGUUCUAUAGUAAUGAAUACUUACAAUUUAGUUGCUCUUUCCAUGUCAUAAAAAAAAUGUUAUGUUUCUGAAUUUUUUUUGUGUUGCUUUCUAAUGUAGGGAUACUCAAAAUAAUAAUUAGUGUUAAUAUAAAUACAUAUAUGUAAAUAUAAAUAUAUGUAAAUAUUUUUACUUUACUAUAGCUUAUUCCUGUCAUUGGAUUUCUCUUAGAUUUAAUGACUGAGAGCUCCUCAUAAGUUUGUUUGAAGUACCUGCAAAUAUACAUAGUGCACUUCUGAGUAUUGAAAGAAAAAAAAGAAACAUGGAAGAUAUAAUUUUAGUACUUUGUGUUUGUUACAUUUGAAGUAGGAUUUAAUUGUUGAAGUCAUAGUGCAGUCAUUGACUGUAAUAUAUAUACAUAUUUGUUAGCUUAUGCUAACUUUUUGUGUAUAAUGGAUUGCAUAUUUAGUGACACAAAUUUGUGAUUUCCUAAUAUAGGUAAUACAUUUUAGUAGACUUAUUUAUACAUUCUUUAUGUUACUUCUAUAUAAUGGAAGCAGAUGCUGUGAUUAACAUUGUUACAUGCUAUUAUUCAUCCCUAAAUUGUUUCAUGCAUUAAUUUUUUUUUCUGGGUUGAUUCUGACCACAGAGUAUAGCAAAGCUAGGCAUGUUUCGUACCAGUUAAUAAUAAAUUUUUUAAUGUUAGAUCAGCAUCUCACUGUUAUUUUACAAAAUGCUACCUUAGUGUACAAUAAAAUAUUGAAUAUUUUUAGAGUAA